GUGCUGUUGGUGGCAGUCUGGUGCGUGUUACCCGUUUGUGAAUGGCCGUAUCAUCCCUCGAAGGAGCUUCUAUCUCCGGUUGUGGUGAAGGGAGCUCGUGCAUGUCUGUUCAUAUGGUCUAUCCAUUUGCUUGAUUAACGUCUGUUUGAUCUUGGGGGAAAAAUCUUUUGGAAAUAUGACUUUGAACCUCGUCAUCAACACCAGCGACCCGCCUCUAGGAGCUCUUCUGGUUGCUGAACAUGUGAAGAGCGUCGUUCAGCUGUCGGUAGAAGAAGGCAAGAGCACCGGGCUUACCAUCUCAGAUUCAGUCCAGUUCAGAGAUGAUAACUCCAUCAGCCGGUACCUGGCCCGGGUGGCUCCUGCUCUCCACCUCUAUGGAGCCAACAUAAUGGAGGAGACUGAAGUGGACCACUGGCUGGAGUUCAGCGCUCGCCGCCUUACUGAUCCGUCCAGUCGCACGUCGGCACUGGCAGAGCUGGACAAGGCGCUCUCCCUGCGGACCUUCCUGGUCGGUCAUGGCCUCACGCUGGCCGACCUGUCUGUCUGGGCUGCACUCAAAGAUAACAAUGAUUGGUCGGGUAAGGGCGGGUCUCUGCCUCACGUGAGCCGCUGGUUCUCUUUCCUGAGCUCCCAGCUUCCCUUCUCUGCGGUGGGGAACAAGUACGUCGGUAAGAAAGCUGAGGCGAAAACGGCCAACUCGGACAAAAAAAAGCAAGAUGUGGGAAAGUUUGUGGAGCUGCCCGGCGCCGAGAUGGGAAAGGUGGUGGUUCGAUUCCCUCCUGAGGCCAGCGGGUACCUGCACAUCGGCCACGCCAAGGCGGCCCUGCUCAACCAGCACUACCAGGUCACCUUCAAGGGCAAGCUGAUCAUGCGCUUCGACGACACCAACCCCGAGAAGGAGAAGGAGGACUUUGAGAAGGUGAUCCUGGAGGACGUCUCCAUGCUCCAGAUCCACCCCGACCAGUUCACCUUCACCAGCGACCACUUCCCCACCAUCAUGCGGCUGGCGGAGAAGCUGCUGGCCGAGGGCAAAGCCUACAUCGACGACACGCCGCCGGAGCAGAUGAAGCAGGAGCGGGAGCAGCGCGUCGAGUCCAAACACAGAAACAACACCGUGGAGCAGAACAUGAAGAUGUGGGCGGAGAUGAAGGCCGGGACGGAGUACGGACAGACCUGCUGCAUGAGGGCCAAGAUAGACAUGAAGUCCAACAACGGCUGCAUGAGAGACCCCACCCUGUACCGCUGCAAAAACACCCCCCACCCCCGCACCGGAGACACCUACAAAGUCUACCCCACCUACGACUUCGCCUGCCCCAUUGUGGACAGCUUGGAGGGCGUCACGCACGCUCUGAGGACCACGGAGUACCACGACCGCGACGAGCAGUUCUACUGGAUCAUCACCGCCCUGCAGCUCAGGAAGCCCUACAUCUGGGAGUACGCCAGGCUCAACCUCAACAACACCGUGCUGUCCAAGAGGAAGCUCACCUGGUUCGUCGACCAGGGAUACGUGGACGGAUGGGACGACCCUCGCUUCCCAACCGUCAGGGGGGUCCUGAGGAGGGGAAUGACCGUGGAGGGGCUGAAGCAGUUCAUAGCAGCCCAGGGUGGGUCGAGGUCGGUGGUCAACAUGGAGUGGGACAAAAUCUGGUCUUUUAACAAGAAGCUGCCUGUUAGCUGUCUGAAGGUGAUCGACCCCGUGGCUCCCCGGUACACGGCCCUGUCCAGCUCCUACGUGGUUCCUGUUUCUAUCCCAGAAGCCAAAGAGGAGAUGAAGGAAGUGGCCAAGCAUCCCAAGAAUGCUGAGGUGGGGGUGAAGGAGGUUUGGUACGGGCCCAAAGUGUUGGUGGAAGGAGCUGACGCCGAGACCUUCAAAGAGGGAGAGAUGGUCACCUUCAUCAACUGGGGGAACCUCGUCAUCACCAAGAUCAACAAGGGGACUGACGGUAAAGUUACGUCCUUAGAGGCUCGCCUGAACCUGGACAACAAAGAUUACAAAAAGACCACAAAGAUCACCUGGUUGGCAGACACGACCAGCGCCCCCACGCUGCCCGCCGUCUGCAUCAACUUCCAGCCACUCAUCUCCAAAGCGGUUCUCGGCAAAGACGACGACUUCAAACAGUACUUAAACAAGAACACCAAGGUGGAGGAGAAGAUGGUUGGAGAUCCAUGUCUGAGGAACCUCAAAAAAGGUGACAUCAUCCAGCUACAGAGGCGGGGCUUCUACAUCUGUGAUCAGCCCUAUGAGCCAAUCAGUCCGAACAGCUGUAAGGAGAGCCCGUGUGUCCUGAUCUACAUUCCUGAUGGACACACCAAGGAGAUGCCGACCGCCGGAUCCAAGGAUAAAACCAAGAGCCAGACCGCCAACAGCACGCCGGCUGCCGCCUCAAAGACUCCUGCAGCUCCUGCGUCUGCUGCAUCUGCUGCGUCUGCUGCAUCUGCUGCGUCUGCGGCAUCCCUCUCAGCAGCCGACCUCUUCUCAAGCAUCACAGCUCAAGGCGACGCCGUCCGCCAGCUGAAGGCUGCCAAAGCCCCUAAAGAGGAAGUGGACAAAGCUGUUCAGCAGCUGCUUUCUCUUAAAGCGCAGUUUAAGCAACAGACAGGUGUUGAGUACAAACCAGGCAUGGCUCCUCCCACUACUACCACUGCAGCAGCCACGCCCACUCCUUCAUCAGACUCCGCCUCCUCCUGUCCGUACACCCGAGUAGUGGAACAGGGAGAGGUGGUCAGGAAACUGAAAGCAGAGAAAGCUCCAAAGGACCAGAUCGAUGCUGCCGUGAAGCAGCUCCUCGCUCUGAAGGCGGAGUUUAAAAAGAUCACGGGUCAGGAUUACAAACCGGGAAUGGCCACUCCUGCUUCUUCUGCUUCUGCUUCCUCCUCUGUGGCUCCCUCUCCUCCUUCCUCCUCCUCUUCCUCUUCUUCUUCCUCUGCGGGGCUGUAUGAGCGAGUGGCAGAGCAGGGAGACAUCGUGAGGAAACUGAAGUCUGAAAAAGCCCCAAAGGACCAGAUCGAUGCAGCAGUGAAGCAGCUGCUCGCCCUGAAGGCCGACUACAAACAGGCCACCGGCCAGGAGUACAAACCAGGAGCAGCCCCCGCUCAGAAAACCAUCCCCGCUCCGGUCCAGAACAGCCCCAGCCCAGUCUCAGCUUCCUCCAGCUUAUAUGAGAAGGUGGCCGAGCAGGGAGAAGCCGUCCGAAAGCUGAAGUCUGAGAAAGCCCCCAAAGAUCAGGUUGAUGCUGCGGUGAAACAGCUGUUGGCUCUGAAGGCCGAAUACAAGCAAGUGACCGGACAGGAUUACAAACCUGGAUCACAGCCUCCUGCAAGCCCCGCCCAGACCCAGUCAAGCCCCGCCCAGACCCAGUCCAGCUCACCUCCACCUGCACAGGAGCUUUUCUCUCAGGUGUCCCAGCAGGGAGAGCUGGUGAGGAAGCUGAAGGCGGAGAAAGCCCCCAAGGACCAGGUGGAUCAAGCCGUGAAGACUCUGCUGGAGCUGAAGAGCAAGUACAAGUCUGUCACUGGAGAGGACUACAAACCAGUGUCUGCUGCUGGAGCUGCAGGAGGAGAAGACAAAAACCGCAAGGAGAGGGAGAACAAGUCUGAGAAACAGGGAGGAGGAGGAGGAGGAGGAGGAGGGAAGAAGGGGAAAGGAGACAAAGCUGCUCAAAACAAGGAGUCGUCUGGAGGAGCAGGAGGCUCUGGAGAAGGUCAAGGUCCCAAAAAACAGACACGGUUGGGUCUGGAAGCGAAGAAAGAGGAGAACCUGGCGGACUGGUACUCUCAGGUCAUCACCAAAGCUGAGAUGAUCGAGUAUUAUGAUGUCAGCGGCUGCUACGUGCUACGUCCGUGGUCCUACUCCAUCUGGGAGGCAAUCAAAGACUUCUUUGACAGGGAAAUUAAGAAGCUGGGCGUGGAGAACUGCUACUUCCCCAUGUUUGUGUCCCAGGCUGCUCUGGAGAAGGAGAAGACCCACAUCGCAGACUUUGCCCCAGAGGUGGCCUGGGUCACUCGCUCAGGAAAGACGGAGCUGGCUGAGCCCAUCGCGGUCCGACCCACCAGUGAGACAGUGAUGUAUCCGGCGUAUGCUAAGUGGGUUCAGUCCCACAGAGACCUGCCCAUCAAACUCAACCAGUGGUGCAACAUUGUGAGGUGGGAGUUCAAACACCCGCAGCCUUUCCUGAGGACGAGAGAGUUCCUGUGGCAGGAGGGACACACGGCGUUCGCCACCAAAGAGGAGGCCGCCGAGGAGGUGAUGCAGAUUCUGGAUCUGUAUGGAAGAAUUUAUGAAGAACUCUUGGCAAUCCCAGUGGUGAAGGGCAGGAAGACGGAGAAGGAGAAGUUUGCCGGAGGAGAUUACACCACCACGGUGGAGGCCUUCAUCUCAGCCAGCGGUCGAGCCAUCCAGGGGGCUACGUCUCACCACCUGGGGCAGAACUUCUCAAAAAUGUUUGAGAUCGUGUUCGAGGAUCCAAAGAGACCAGGCGAGAAGCAGCUGGCCUUCCAGAACUCUUGGGGCAUCACGACCAGAACCAUCGGCGUGCUGACCAUGGUCCACGGAGACAACAUGGGACUGGUGCUGCCGCCCAGAGUGGCCUGUGUGCAGGUGGUCAUCAUCCCAUGUGGCAUCACCGCGUCCCUUCCAGAGCAGGAGAAGGAGGCUCUGCUGGCUCAGUGCUCCAAGUACCUGAACCGGCUGCUGGACGCUGGAGUCCGGGUCAAGUCGGACUUCAGAGACAAUUACUCUCCAGGAUGGAAGUUCAACCACUGGGAGCUGAAGGGAGUCCCGGUCCGUCUGGAGGUGGGGCCUAAAGACAUGCAGCAGAAGCAGUGCGUGGCCGUGAGGAGAGAUACGGGCGCAAAGAUCACGAUACCAGAGGGAGAGGUGGAGAAGAGGAUGGUCGCCAUGUUGGAGGAGAUCCAAUCCAGCUUGUUCAAGAAGGCCUCAGAUGACCUCAGGAGUCACAUGGUGACUGCAGACUCUAUGGAACAGUUCCAGAAAGAGUUGGACCAGGGCAGAAUCGUCCAGAUUCCGUUCUGUGGAGGAAUUGAAUGCGAGGACUGGAUCAAGAAAACCACUGCCAAGGAUCAGGAUCUGGAGCCCGGAGCUCCAUCCAUGGGAGCCAAGAGUCUGUGCAUCCCUUUUACCCCUCUGAAAUCCCUUCAGCCCGGUCAGAAGUGCGUCAGCGGGAAGGAGCCCGCUCAGUACUACACUCUGUUUGGACGUAGCUACUAAAGAGGUCCAGUCUCUGCAGUAAAGGGCUUUCUAUCGUUCUGUAACCUUUCAUUUCUAAUGUGGGUGACUGGAGACCUGUAUCUGCCUUUUUUCCCUUAAAAGAUGAGUAUAGUAUACAUUCUAAUUAGCUAAAACCUAAAAUAUUUCCAGAAGCUUUCCCUGCGGGUUACGUGCUGGAUUUAACAGAGUUAGCAUCUCCAGCUUCACGUUUUCCCCUGAUGUCUGUCAGCGGAUUAUUUAUGGGUUUGGGGUAUUUUGUAACACUUAGAUCUGCCAGAAUAGCAUUGAAAGAAAUUCCCUGAAGGAGUCUCGUCGGUGGGAACGCACUUGUUCUGUUUGGGUCGCAGCUAAACCGUCUCAGGAACUCUGCAGACUGCUGGACUUGCAGCUCUCAUGUGGUGAUCUGGAGCCACUCAGUUUACAGCUGUGAUGAACUGCUUAUAUCUGGUUAAAAGUCGGUGAUGUUUCUUCCUGUCACUUUCCUCCUGAGAAAGACCUCCGGAGCCUGUGUAUAAUAAAGUCAUUUACACGACCACCUGA